AUGUACAAAGCUGCACCCCCAUCAUCUUUAUCUUGGUCAUCGCAGGCUUGCAGACAGUUUCGUGCAUGCAGCAGUUAUGUAGCGGCAGCGAGGGAACCAUUCGAUGCAGCUGCGUCGCAGUGCCCGACGCGAAACAAGGGCAGGACGUUGCUGGAGCGCAAAGAGCUCUAUGUGGACUGGCUAUUGAUUAGGAUCAGGACAACGAUUGCCGUCCAAGUGAGAAUCAGAAUAACAAUCUCAACCGCGCCUCCUGGCAGCUGCGGCUCCAUCCUUAACUUCAUCCUUGGUGGCGGAGGUUGUGUGCGUUUGGGUAGAGAGGAUGGGGUCGGCGCUCAGGUCAGAGGAGAAGCGUCCCGACUGAGCUAUGGCUUUCCAGAGCUGCCGUCAUUCAUUCGCAAAUUGAGAAAUCAGCACGUCCACUUUGUGCAAACCAUCCGAAUCCUCGUCGAACUGAUUACAGAUGAGUUUACGCUGGCGGAAAUGGUACUUCAGGGGGGUGAGGUGCUUGCAGAAGCUGGGGAAGUUCCAGAAGUUAAGGGAGUUGAGGGAGUUGAGGAGACUGGGCUGCGUAGGGAAACCGAGGAGAUGGGGCUGCUUGAGGAGGAGCUACAGGAGCAGUGCGAGGCAAACCGACGUCUACACGAAGCCGAGAGCCAGAAUCGCAGAGGCCCAGCGACGCCUGCAGGAAGCCCAAGUGCAGAAUUACACGCUCGAGAGGAGAAGCAAUGGUAUGCUCGAGAAGUGGAGACGCGUGCCCAACAACGGUGCACUCAAGGCGCCGAGACCUAG